AUGGCUCGGGAGAUUUGGGAAUACCUCGGAACAAGGGGCAAACAGACGCUUCUGAUGUGGCAGAUUAUGAGCACCUGCUAUCCAAAGGAAUUCCAACGUGUCAGUCCAUUGUACAGCUUGAGGGUCAGAGUCCCGGCAAAAUCGAUAGGAUCUUACAUCAAGAUGAUGGACAGCUCGCCUGAAAAUUGGGACGCGGUACUUUCUAUGUCGACGGCCUACGCUAGUAUCUCCGACUUGGUGAAUGUGACUCAGAUAAAGGGCCUGGUUGCUCUCGAGAUCAACAAUGAGAAACGAGAGCCUAUAGGUCUGGCGGUGUCCAACUCCCACAUAUCUGCUGGUAUGGACGACAACCUCGUCCACACCUGGCUCCAAGAAGUUCAAUCCACUGGCCACCUCCGACAAUUGCAAGUUCUGAGACUUUAUGAACAGAAGCAUCUCACGAGUAACAUCUUCUGGAUGCUGAAAGGUUUUCCUCAGUUAAAACUUGUCAUCCUAUACCAGUGCCCAAUCAUUACACGCUAUCUGAAUCAAAAGAUUGAAAAAUCCCAGGAUGCUGCUCUCGAGAAUGACUGGGUGAUUCGAAGAUUCGACCGGUUUCCUCAUGAGUCACGGAGAGAUUGCGCCCUGAAGCAUUUAGGACCACUCCUUGAGGUGUACCGUCAAAUCGCGGAGUCCCAAGCUCAAGGUGCAGAGAGCCAGACACCUCUCUUGAAACCUUGUCGUUCACUCUUAGAGUUCGCAAUCCCUUAUCCGACCUACGAUGAUCCAGAAAAGUUGCAGAGAAGGGCUCAUUAUGCGGCCAAAAGCAUAUUUAUCAUGACUCGAGCAGAUGUGAGCAAUCGCAAGCGUGCUCCCCCGCAUGAAGAACGGCGCCCACGAGACCAUGGCAAGAGGGUCAUGAGGAAACAGCGCCCCAAUGAUACGAUGGAUUUGUUGGCAGAGUUUCUUUGA